AUGGCUCUUCAAAAAUCUAUAGUUGCUAAUGGACAAUCCAUAAACAGAUCAGCUUUGUUUAAUGGAUCAAACUACCCUUAUUGGAGCACUAGAAUGUCAAUCUAUAUAAGGGCAAUAGAUUAUGAAAUGUGGGAUGUUAUAACUUAUGGACCCUUCAUUCUGUCAACCAUAAAUGUAAUGACAAAUGAAAUGAUCCCUAAGCUGAGGCCUGAAUGGACUAAAGUUGAAACCAAAAAGGUUCAGACAAACUUCAAGGCAAUAAACACUUUGCAUUGUGCCUUAACUCCCACUGAGUUCAACAAAGUAUUAAGUUGUACCACAGCUAAACAA